UGAUUGAAGAGCAGGGAGUAUCUGGGAGAAGGAACUCCGUAGCCAUCAAAGCAGGUUCCCUUUAAGUUCUUGGUGUGGGUGACACAGGUGGCUUCUCUCGCUCCUGCAGUUAUCUUAGUGUUGCUGCAGGAGGAAAGCUACAGAAGAGAGCGGAACCUCCAGAGAUAAGUGCUCACUCCAGAGAAGUCAGAUAACAGAGAAAAAGAAAAUGUCUUAGGUGCCCAGGGGCAUCUAAGGCAUCCACCUAGUUCUGAAAACAUAACAUUUGGAUGGGCCUCCCUAAAGAGGGAACUCUACAGACCCUGAAUGAUCUGGCUAGCAAGCAUUCCAACAUUCAUGUCAUUCAACUAGAGGUGGAGGAUCAAUCCAGUGUGAAGGCAGCUGCGUCAAUGGUUGGAUCACUUCUGCAUGGUAAAGGCCUAAAUCUGCUGAUCAACAAUGCUGGCGUGAACUCCUAUGCCACGCUGGAAACUGUGGAACAACAAGAGAUGCUAUCUGCUUUCAACACCAAUGUAGUAGGGCCCAUCCUAGUGGUUAAGGCAUUUCUGCCCCUGCUGAAGAAAGCCGCUCAAGAGUCAGCCACAAAGGAGAUGAGCUGCCAGAGGGCAGCCAUCAUCAAUCUAACCUCCAAGUUGGCCUCCAUCGGACGGGGCUUUGAGGUCAUGAAGGGACCGAUGUACCCUUAUCGUGCAAGCAAGGCUGCUUUGAACAUGGUGACUGCAUGCUUCGCUUUGGAACUAAAAGAGGAGGGGAUCUUGUCUACUCUGAUCCACCCUGGCUGGGUGAAAACAGACAUGGGAACGGAGCAGGCCCCUGUGACUGUGCAGGACAGUGUGCGAGGCAUCCUCAAUGUGCUUGCCAAUUUAUCAGCAGCCUCAAAUGGAGCCUUUCUUGACUGGGAAGGGAACACACUCCCUUGGUGAGAUGCGACUGCCCUUUUCUCCAAGAAACAGGAGGAGGAGUUGGAUAUUCUUAUCCCCUUCCAUCUUUUUUCAAUGUAUUAUGGUAUCGCUGUUGUGUUGUUAGUGCUGUGUUCAUUUUUCUCACAGUAUUGUGCAUGCUUUAUACUGCAUUUACUACAAGCUGCCAGGUAGCGAUGGCAUAGGAAUAUGUUUAAUAAACAAACAAGCAAGCAAACUGAGAUGGAAACUUUCACUACGGAGUGACACCCAACUUUUAACUUGUCUGUAUUGUAGACAAAGUCCUUUGCUGGAAUCAACUUAAAUAGUAAAUUAGUUGUGGUUUGUUAUCUGUAAAUAUAACUUCUGCUGGAAAUCAUG